AUGUCGCAAGAGGAUUCUGUCGAUACUACACAUUCAUUUUCACAAGGCACAAUGUCUCGCUAUCUCCGACCUGACAGAUUUGACAUAGAACCGAAUUCUAGCAAUUCGGACUUAAAAUGGACUCAUUGGCGAUUUACAUUUACAAAUUUUUUAUCAGAAGAAAUCUCCACUAAUACUCCUGACUCUAUGAAACUGAUGUUGUUGGUAAAUCAUUUAGCUCCAACAAUUUUUUCAUAUAUUCGUGAUUGUAAAUUUUACGAAGAUGCUAUUAAAUUACUUGAUAGUAUCUACAUAAAACCUAGAAACGAAGUUCUAGCACGGCACAUACUAAUUACAAGAAAACAGCGACAGGAAGAAACAAUUUGCGAAUAUUCACGAGCUUUGAAACUCUUGGCUCAUGACUGUAUCUUCCGAAAUGUUACUGCCGAAGAACACGAACAACAAACGAUUAGAGGAGCAUUUAUUGCAGGUAUAAGUUCUCAGAAAAUUCGAGAGCGUCUUUUAGAAAGUAUUACAAUUACUAUGGAUGAAGCUUUAAAUCAAGCUAUAUCAUUAGAAACGGCAGAAAAAAAUUCAGAAAUAAUUGCUGGUAACACAAAUUCUUCGCAACUAAAUGCAUUUUCUAAUAAUAUAAAUGAUUUUAAUCAAAAUGUGGCUGUAUCUACUACACAACGGAGACGCUGUUUCUUUUGCGGUGGCAACAUACAUCAAAGAAUAAAAUGUCCUGCUUUUAAAGUCACAUGUCAACUGUGUUCUAAACAAGGCCAUUUUGCUAAGGUUUGUCGAAGCGGUAAUCAACAAACUGUAAAUGUUCUUACUACAGACACAUCCUUACAUUAUUCACAUGAAAGUUUCUUAGCUGCAUCGCCUAGUAGCUUACAAAAUGCUACCGUACCUAUUUUUAUAAAUAAUAUACGCGCUGAUGCCUUGAUAGAUACAGGAAGCUCCGUCAGUUUUAUCAACAAGAAAUUAGUACAAAUAAUGAAUUUAAAAAUAAAACCUUGUAAACAGACAAUUACUUUAGCAUCGUUGACUCAUGUAUCCUUCGUAGAAGGAAUGUGCCAUGCUACAGUUAAGUUACAACAUCAUAUUUAUCAACAACGUCAACUUCUAAUAGUUAACAAUCUUUGUGCAGAUAUCAUUAUUGGCCAUGACAUACUAAAAGAUCAUUCGAAAUUGGAAUUUAAAUUUGGAGGUAACAGAGAGCCUUUAAAAAUAUGUAACGUUAUGAAUGCAUCUGUGCCACCAGUGUCUUUAUUUACUAACUUAACAUCUGAUAUUAAGCCUGUGGCGGUAAAAUCUAGACGAUAUAGUAAAGAAGAUAGCGAUUUUAUUAAUACUGAAAUUUCGAAGCUUUUAGCAGACGGAGUUAUUGAACCCAGCGUUUCUCCUUGGCGUGCCCAAGUCCUUGUUGCUGGAGGAGGAAUUCACAGAAAACGCUUGGUAGUAGACUAUUCGCAAACUAUUAACAGAUUUACAUUGUUAGAUGCAUACCCUUUACCAAAUAUAGAAAAUGUAGUAUCUGAAGUUGCAAAAUAUAAUUAUUUCAGUCAAAUAGAUUUAAAAAGUGCCUACCAUCAAAUCCCAAUAUUAGAAAAAGAAAAAUUGUUUACUGCUUUUGAAGCUUCUGGCAAUCUAUAUCAAUUUACUAGAAUACCGUUUGGAGUUACAAAUGGAGUAGCAGCAUUCCAGCGAGCUUUACAUUUUAUAAUUAAAACAGAACAUUUGAAAGGUACAUUUUGUUAUUUAGAUGAUGUUACAGUUUGUGGAAUGGAUAAAGGUGAUCAUGAUCAAAACUUAAAUUGUUUUAUGGCUGCUGUGAAAAAGUAUAAUUUAACCUUAAAUGAACAAAAAUCUACAUUUGGUGUCAAUUCUAUUAAUCUGCUUGGAUACAAUAUUAAAGAUAAUACUGUCAAGCCUGACUCUAAUAGAUUAAAACCAUUAUUAGACCUGCCACCCCCAACGAAUAACAAAAUACAAAAAUCAACUUUAGCCGUUAUUGAUGAUAAUGAUAUUCUUACUGUUGAGACUGAUGCAUCAGAAUUUGCGAUUGCUGCGUCGCUAUCUCAAAAGGGGCGACCUAUAGCUUUUUUUUCUAGAACACUUUCAGAUUCAGAGCAACGCCAAUCUUCAAUCGAAAAAGAAGCAUGCGCUAUUGUAGAGAGUCUUCGCAAAUGGCGUCAUUAUUUAAUUGGUAAACAUUUUUUACUUUUAACAGAUCAACGCUCUGUUGCAUUUAUGUUUAACCAAAAUCAUUUCAGUAAAAUAAAAAAUGAGAAGCUUGAACGAUGGCGUCUCGAAUUAUCUUGUUUUAAAUAUGACAUAAUUUAUCGUCCGGGUAAAGAAAACACAGUUGCUGAUGCUUUAUCAAGAGUGUGUGCUCAUAUGAAUGUCGAUAAAUUACGUGAACUGCAUAAUUCCCUCUGUCACCCCGGCAUUGUAAGAAUGAUGCAUUGGGUUCGCAUGAAAAACUUACCGUAUUCGGUGAAUGAUAUAAAAUCUCUUAUACAGUCUUGCCAAAUAUGUGCAGAAAUUAAACCUCGGUUUAUGAAAUCUAAAGGUCAAUUAAUAAAAGCAACAGCACCUUUUGAGCGAUUAAACAUUGACUUUAAAGGACCUUUACCAUCGAAUACUCCAAAUAAGUAUUUAUUAACAAUAAUCGACGAAUUCAGUAGAUUUCCUUUUGCAUAUGCCUGUAAGGAAAUAACAACUGCAACUGUUAUAAGAUGUUUAAAAGAUUUAUUUUACACUUUUGGAACACCGCUUUAUAUUCAUAGUGAUAGAGGAUCUGCUUUUAUUUCUAAAGAGUUUACAGAAUUUCUAAGUUCCUUGGGGAUUGCAUGUAGCAGAACAACGCCUUAUAAUCCACGUGGAAAUGGUCAAGUCGAGCGUCUCAAUGGUACUUUGUGGAAAACAUUACAACUUGCUCUUCGCACAAGAGAAAUGCCAAUUGAAAGCUGGGAGCAAUUUCUACCAAUGUCCUUACAUGCAAUUCGUUCACUUCUUUGUAUACCAAUUAAUACAACUCCACACGAACGACUGUUUAAUCAUCCUCGUAGAUCACCUCAUGGAGAAUCGUUACCCUCUUGGUUAAUUCCUGGACCUGUGCUAAUGAAAAAAAAUAUACGCAAUAAAAACGAUCCAUAUGUUGAAGAAGUUGAACUAUUACAAAGUAACCCCUAUUACUCUUUUGUGAAACAUAAAAAUGGGCGGGAAUCAACAGUUUCAAAUCGGAACUUAGCUCCACUCCCCACUCCAAUAGAACAAUACAUAGAUCAAAAUUUAGAAGAACAAUUAAAUAAUUCGACUACAAAAAGACAGCAAGAACAAGAAGAUAUCGUAGAUGUUUUUUAUGACUCAGAAGACCGAAAUAUAAAUGCGGAGCAUAUUGAUGUUCAGGAGAUGCAAUCUGUGACGCCGAGUACGUCUGAGGAUCAACAUCUUAGGAGAUCCGAAAGGACAAGACGAACUCCAUAUUAUUUAAAAGAUUAUAGCUGCGUGUUAGAAAAUGUUAGAGGGGGUGAAUGA